AUUGUUCUUUGCAGCCAUAAAUCUUCUUCAAUCCAGAAGGAGACUCCAAAGAAAAAACCAAAACUGGAGUUAAAGCCAUCCAACGGGGACAGUAGUUCCAUCACCCAGUCAAUGGACUCUGGAGGAACAGAUAACUUCAUUCUCAUCAGCCAGCUGAAAGAGGAAGUGAUGUCACUGAAGAGAGUUCUGCAGCAGAAGGAUCAAACCAUUCUAGAGAAGGACCGAAAGCUCACAGAGCUCAAAGCAGACUUUCAGUACCAGGAAUCCAACAUGAGAGUCAAGAUGAACCAAAUGGAUAAAUCGCACAAAGAGUCUAUGGAGCACCAGCAGGGCAAGAACAGGGAAUUGCUGAAACAAGUCGCCUCCCUCUCUAAAGGAAAAAAGUUUGACCGGACAGGAAGUUCUCUGCUGCCCUAACAAUGGGUUGGCCAGCGGGUAGCAACACAGAGCGGCUUCAUUGUUGUGACACUGUGAAAGUCUCCCUCUUAUCUCAUUGCCAUCAACAUUGAUUACUCCUGAAAUGGUAACGACAGAGACCAUGUUGUACAUGGAACUAAACUGUUGAAUCAAAGAACCCUUUCUCUAAUAUCAGCAUAUUUUAGAUAUUUUAUGGCAACUUUUCCACUGGCUCAUGAGAUGUGUGACUGAGUGGAGGAUGGAGCCCUCGUUUUAACACUGCCGGGCCAAAACAGAACGCAUGGUGUGCAUACGUGGACAGCAUUCUGUCAACUCGAUGUAUCCACUUGAUUUUUAUGGAUCUCAUGCAAUUUAUUUAUUCAACUGUAUUUCUUAGCUUUUUUAUUUCCUCACAACAUACUAAGAGAAUAUCCACAUUUUGGGGUUUUCUUCAAUAGCAAUUAGUUAUAUUUUUCUAAAUGUAUGUGAAUGCAAAAGACAAGUUCUCUUCAACAGAGAUCCGGCGCAACUUUACUAUGUAUGCAAACGUGGGAAGGGUGACCACAGAGCUGCCUCUCAACCGUUGAGAACCCUCUCAGUAACAAUUCACAAAAGUACCAAUGAACACUUUAAAAGGCUGUCUGACAGAGAGACACCUCUUGGCUGCCCUCUUUUUCACUGUGUGACAGCCGUUGUGCUUUGCUGUUUCUCUUUAGUGGAACAUUUGUAAUGCAUGAUUUUACUGCCAGACACCGGUUGGCAUUGUGGUCAGACUUCUUUUCUCCCUCUCCCUUUUUAAUUAGUUUUUUAAGAAUCACUUGUAAAUGUAUUACUGGGGUCAGCCAUUGUAUUUAAACUAUUGCUUGUAUCUGUUUUAGUGUGUACAGUAUGUGUACGGUAAGGCCAGUUGAAAUUAACAUGUCUGUAGAAGAUGCUUUUUAAGGAACACAUCUAUCAUAAUGCAUUAUUGGGCUGGUUUCAUACCGUGGCGUCCAGGAUCACUUUUGUACUUUUUUCCAAACCAACUGUUUUAAAACUAUUAAAACUGGCUAAACUGU